UCUGUUCACUUGAUUUUACUUCUAGUGAAGCCACAGGGACCAUGAAUUUCUAAACUACAUCCUUAAUUAUUCCAAUUUUUAUCGACCGCAGCCCAAUUUCUUUCCAGUUAACCACUCUAUUAGCAUGACCUAGAGUAUACUACACCACAGUAGUCUUUUAAUGGCUGUACAAUAAUUUUCUGGGCAUCAAAAACUAUUAUGAAGUCAAAUGAUCCGUCGCGAAGAAGAGAUCAAGAAGUGAGAAACAACGACCUCAGUCAUAGGUGUUGAUAAGAGUUUUGACUCGCUUGUCUAGCUACUUCAGAACGCUAAUAUGUAUCAAAAAAGCAACAACAGAGAUUUUAUAGAAGAUGAGAAGAUCUGGGAUGAGUCUCYGCCUCCCCCAUAUGAGUCAGAUCUAUUUGGUCAAAUCAAAGAAGCCAAAGAAACAUCUGAAGGAUCUUUAGAUUUUUGUAAACGAGUCGUACAGUUAUUUGCUGGAACAAUUGGAUGUACAGUGGUGCUGAGUCUUUUGAUGGCUUUGCCGAUGGCUAUGGUUAUUAUGGGUGCAAAAUAUAAGGAUGACUGCCCAGUGGAACCAUUUAUUCCUAUUUAUUUAAUAGUUGGGGGAUCAUUUGGAAUGCUAAAGACAAUAAUUGUACUUUGUCAAAGAGCCAGAAGUCAUGACGACACAGAUACCGAUAUAGAUGAAGACCAAUCAAUGUCUAGUAAAUUCAUAGAUGGUGUUCUCAAUUUAUUCUUAUUUACCUGGUUUAUCGCUGGUAACAUUUGGGUGUACAGUAAAUAUAAGCCUAAUCCAACGCCGCCUGCGAAUGAUGCAAUGAACUACUGUAACCCAACACUGUACAUGUUUGCAUUUUGGGUUAUAACUGCAAGUUACAUUCUUAUGGGAGCUAUUUGUUUUUGUAUCUGUUGUUUAGGAGUCUGUGCAAGUUGUACGGCAUUUUUCGUUACUGUCAAGGAUUAACUAAGCAUAGGAAAAUGAAUGAAUAUAGUUGGUUUCAUGUAGUUUUUA